ACUAAAACCGGAAGUAAUUUCUUCAAAGGAACUUUGCAUGCAGAGAUGGAUGAUCAGUCAGACCAAGAUUUGAGUGGAGAAAAAUGUGGAAACACUAUUGUAAGGUCCAUGAUGGAGGACUGGGAAGAUCUAGAAAAAGAUUAUAUGCAACUAGAGGUAGAUCAUGAAUCAUACAAGAAAACUUUGGAAGAACUUGGACUUCUGCAGAAAAAAUGUCUCAAUGGGGUGGCACAUCAAAGAUACAGAAUGAAAAAAAUACAUGAAUCUCUAAAAAGGGCUAAUAAGUCGGACGAUCCAGAAGUAAGGGCAACAGGGAAAGAGCUCAACCAGAAGGUGCUAGGUCGUAAAAACUCUCUCAGAGAUAUGGAAGAUAUUCUACCUCACAAAAAUGGACUUUACUUGAGUAUUAUUCUUGGACAAGUGAGUGUGUCACUACUAAACAAAGCUGACAAGUACACCUACAAGCAUGAUUAUGAGAAGUUCAAAGUGACUGUCAGUUAUAUUACACUGGCUCUUUCAACUCUUCUUUUCUUCAACCCAGGAUACAGAUGGAUGGAUGCAGUAUUACAUUUCCUUUUGGUAUGGUAUUAUUGUACAUUGACUAUUCGAGAAAACAUACUCAGAAUUAAUGGUUCCAGAAUAAAAGGUUGGUGGAUAACUCAUCACUUUAUAUCAACGGUGUGUGCUGGUAUAACAUUGAUUUGGCAAGAUGGAUAUUCCUACCAAUCCUAUAGAUUUCAAAAUCUUAGUUUUAGUUUGUACCUCAGUUUAUUAUAUGUGUUCCAGUUUUUCUACCAGAAGGGAUCCCUAUACAGACUGAGAGCGUUAGGACAGGGUCAUGAUAUGGAUGUUACUGUUGAGGGAUUUAUGUCCUGGAUGUUCAAGGGAUUAGUUUUUCUGUUGCCAUUCCUGUUUGGAGGUUAUUUUUUCCAGAUGUACAACGCCUACACAUUAUUCAAGUUGUCACUUCUACCACAAACAAAUGAAUGGCAGGUGACUGCUCUAGCUAUAAUCCACUUUAUUCUGUCUGUUGGGAAUAUAACAACUACUCUGAAGGUAGUACAAGGCAAGAUCCAAGGAGAAAUGAGGAGUCGUAGUCUAACAAGCAAAUACAAAUUCAAUAAUGGUGCUGCAAAAUAGUCACAUGACACAAUCCUGACCAAUCAGAUGUUUAGAAUAUUUAAUUUUAAAUUCUUGUACAGCUGUCACAAUUUGUUUUGAAUUCAGAAGACUAAUAUACCAUAUUACAAUUGCAUUUAUAGAAUGAACACAUAGUUGUAUUUUUGACAAAAAGUUUAUUUUGCCCAAAAAUUAGAUUUUUAAAUUAAAAAAUUGGCAAAAGAAGAAAAAUAUGAAUGUUGAAGCAAUUAUUAUGCUUAAAAUAAAAUAACAAUACAUUUGCAAUUUUAUUUCUAAUUUCACAAUUGUAUUUUGUGGAUUGGAAGUAUUUUGGAAGAGAACUAAUGUACAAUCUGUUAAUUGCUGGUCUUUAAUUUUUUUAUCUUAGAAUAUUUUAGAUAUUAUAUUGUCAUUUCUCAGGUGAAGCACUGGGGCAUUAUAGUUUUGGUUGAAGCACUUUCUCAAAACUUAUUGAUAUAUUCUUAAUUAGAGCGCUUGAAAACAGUAUCUUUUUUUUCAUCAAUGAGUUUUUAUAUGUGUAAAAAUACUCUGAAAUUAUUUUUUUUACAAAAUCAGCUCACAUGACAAUGCACUUUAAUACAUGUUAGUUAUAUUUAUAUAAAUUUCUAUUAGUUUUAUUUAGGCAUCAUUGGUCUUGUAGUUUCGUGUUUCUUGGAUUGCUGUAUGUUGCUAGUUGAGUCGAGCCAAAUAAAAUUAAAAUGUUUCUCCUCAAAACAUUUAGCAGCAAAGAGUGAACAGGUCAAGGUCAGAACUACAUGGUUUGAAAGACUCUCUGAAAAUAUUGAUAUUACUGGACUUUGAGUAGCAAUACAAUCCAUCCAUCUUUCAAACAAGUGAGAACUAUUUUGUUUUCUGAGGUACAAUGUAGCAGGUUCUGACUGAGUAUUCAUUUAUUGUAUUCUAAGAGUCCAUAUUGGUGCUUUCUUUGUUGUUUGAAUAUUUGAUUCUUUGUAGUGUGCUAAUUUAAGAAUGUCACAAAAUAGAUAUGUAACAGAUAAUUAAUGAUAAAAAUGGUAUUGCAUUUUUUUCCUUCAAAUGCGAAUGGAAGUUAAGGGAAAGAAAACAAACAGUAUAAUUGAGA